AUGCAAGCUCGUGAAAGAAGAAUAAACCAAGAAUUGCAAAGUAAAGAAGAACAAAUCAUUCUUUUUACCGAACAAUUAAAAAAUUUUCAAGUAGCAUCCGAGACCGAAAGGCAAGUCGAAGCAAAACAAAGGCUACUUUUACAAACUCAAAAUGAAAACUUACAAACUGAAUUGGAAGCGCAAUUAAGUAAGGAGUUGCUAAACUUAAAGCAAACGCAAAAGUUACGAAAAUCCGAGUUAAAGAAUUUAAGUGAAUUGCUAGCAAAACCUUCGCAACUGCUUAAAGAAACUUUGGUAGAUGAAGCAAGCGAAGAGGAAGAAGAAUUAAACGAAGAUGAAGUUGAACUUAAUGACUUAAAAGAAAAAAUAACUGAUUAUAGUGCUAAUAUUGAAAAACUGUUGGUCGCCGUCAAAAACUUAAAUCUCCAAAAAGACGAAGCGGAAAAGAAACGCGAUGAACUGCAAAAACGAGUUGAUAAACUCGAAAAAAAAGGCACCGCUAGACAAACCAAAAUUAGAGAAAAAAUCGCGGAAGUAAAAGAGGUUUCGGAAAUCCAACAGUUAAAGCAAGAUUUAGAAAGAUAUGAAGCAGAUUUAAAGAAUAUUGGCGAAGGAAUAAAAAAGUUAAAAACUACUAAUCUCCAAGCUCUCCAAGCCAAGGAUAAGGAAAUCCAAAAUUUAGAAAAUAAACUGCUGGCUUGCCAACAGAAAAGUGCUAAUCUGCAAUGA